GUAUGUUGAUCUUGAUUCUGACAUUUUAACUAUCUCGCAGAAGCUCUGCGGCUGCAAGACGCCCGAUGUCGGCUCACUCCUUCGAUUGCCCAUCAUGCACGGAGCCGACGUGGGGUAUAUGCAAUGGUUAUGAACAUGGAAGCCAAGUGCUAGACUGGCAUAAAUCAUCAUGCAGCCCUUCGCUCAUAACCUUAUAGUUGGUCCUCACCACCAGGAAUAUGCGCCAGCAUUAGUUUCUCAAUGUUGGAAUCCCAGGUGCCUAAGGAAACGCCGCGCUAGGCAGUUUUUUCUACACCUUUCUCCUGUAGACCAUCAAGUGAUGCAAGCACUUCUCAUUGCAAUGGAGAACACCUAUACCAGAACCUGCAUAGAAUGUCUCCUGCCAAAAUGGUGGUGGAUUGCAGACCACAGGAGCGAUGAUGAAGGGAAAGUCUCUCCUCAUCGCCAAAAUUUUGUGAGUUCCGCCCGCCGCCUUACACACCUUUUCUCCAAGCCGCUCGCUUCACCCGGGGUAUGGAGAGGUGAGGAGAGGCGAGGUUAUCGCUACCGAUGGACUUCGAUGAGCAGCAUUGCAUGGACAAGCUCGCUUGAUCACGCUGCCGAAACCCUCGAGCCUGCCGUUGAGGGUUGAGCCAGGUUGCAUUCAAGGACUUGUGCCAGAGCUCGCACUCACAGAGACCAAGCACUAUGGUGAGGUGCCUUCUUCACCGGCUGGCAGAUGCCGCCCCGCUCGCACAGACUCUCUCUCGCCCCUGUGCUGGCUGCUGACCGAUGGCUCUCCUGCUUUGAACUUUACGCUGGCUGCAGUCGCUUCCA